AUGGGAGAAGGGGAUGGAAUAUGUGAGAAGGGGAUGGAAUCUGGGAGAAGGGGAUGGAAUCUGGGAGAAGGGGGUGGAAUCAGGGAGAAGGGGAUGAAAUCUGGGAGAAGGGGAUGGAAUCUGGGAGAAGGGGAUGGAAUAUGGGGGAAGGGGAUGGAAUCUGGGAGAAGGGGAUGGAAUCUGGGAGAAGGGGAUGGAAUCUGGGAGAAGGGGAUGGAAUCUGGGAGAAGGGGAUGGAAUAUGGGAGAAGGGGAUGGAAUCUGGGAGAAGGGGAUGGAAUCUGGGAGAAGGGGAUGGAAUCUGGGAGAAGGGAAUGGAAUCAGGGAGAAAGGGAUGGAAUCUGGGAGAAGGGGAUGGAAUCUGGGAAAAAGGGAUGGAAUAUGGGAGAAGGGGAUGGAAUCUGGGAGAAGGGAUGGAAUCUGGGAGAAGGGGAUGGAAUCUGGGAGAAGGGGAUGGAAUCUGGGAGAAGGGGAUGGAAUCUGGGAGAAGGGGAUGGAAUCUGGGAGAAGGGGAUGGAAUCUGGGAGAAGGGGAUGGAAUCAGGGAGAAGGGGAUGGAAUCUGGGAGAAGGGGGUGGAAUCUGGGAGAAGGGGGUGGAAUCUUGGAGAAGGGGAUGGAAUCUGGGAGAAGGGGAUGGAAUCUGGGAGAAGGGGAUGGAAUCUGGGAGAAGGGGAUGGAAUCUGGGAGAAGGGGAUGGAAUCUGGGAGAAGGGGAUGGAAUCAGGGAGAAGGGGAUGGAAUCUGGGAGAAGGGGAUGGAAUCUGGGAGAAGGGGAUGGAAUAUGGGAGAAGGGGAUGGAAUCUGGGAGAAGGGGAUGGAAUCGGGGAGAAGGGGAUCGAAUGAGGGAGAAGGGGAUGGAAUGUGGGAGAAGGGGAUGGAAUCUGGGAGAAGGGGAUGGAAUCCGGGACAAGGGGAUGAAAUCUGGGAGAAGGGGGUGGAUUCUGGGAGAAGGUGAUGAAAUCUGGGAGAAGGGGAUGGAAUUUGGGAGAAGGGGAUGGAAUCUGGGAGAAGGGGAUGGAAUCUGGGAGAAGGGGAUGGAAUCUGGGAGAAGGGGAUGGAAUCUGGGAGAAGGGGAUGGAAUCUGGGAGAAGGGGAUGGAAUAUGGGAGAAGGGGAUGGAAUCUGGGAGAAGGGGAUGGAAUCUGGGAGAAGGGGAUGGAAUCUGGGAGAAGGGAAUGGAAUCAGGGAGAAAGGGAUGGAAUCUGGGAGAAGGGGAUGGAAUCAGGGAGAAAGGGAUGGAAUAUGGGAGAAGGGGAUGGAAUCUGGGAGAAGGGAUGGAAUCUGGGAGAAGGGGAUGGAAUCUGGGAGAAGGGGAUGGAAUCUGGGAGAAGGGGAUGGAAUCUGGGAGAAGGGGAUGGAAUCUGGGAGAAGGGGAUGGAAUCUGGGAGAAGGGGAUGGAAUCUGGGAGAAGGGGAUGGAAUCAGGGAGAAGGGGAUGGAAUUUGGGAGAAGGGGGUGGAAUCUGGGAGAAGGGGGUGGAAUCUUGGAGAAGGGGAUGGAAUCUGGGAGAAGGGGAUGGAAUCUGGGAGAAGGGGAUGGAAUCUGGGAGAAGGGGAUGGAAUCUGGGAGAAGGGGAUGGAAUCUGGGAGAAGGGGAUGGAAUCAGGGAGAAGGGGAUGGAAUCUGGGAGAAGGGGAUCGAAUGAGGGAGAAGGGGAUGGAAUGUGGGAGAAGGGGAUGGAAUCUGGGAGAAGGGGAUGGAAUCCGGGAGAAGGGGAUGGAAUCUGGGAGAAGGGAUGGAAUCUGGGAGAAGGGGAUGGAAUCUGGGAGAAGGGGAUGGAAUCUGGGAGAAGGGGAUGGAAUCUGGGAGAAGGGGAUGGAAUCUGGGAGAAGGGGAUGGAAUCUGGGAGAAGGGGAUGGAAUCUGGGAGAAGGGGAUGGAAUCAGGGAGAAGGGGAUGGAAUUUGGGAGAAGGGGGUGGAAUCUGGGAGAAGGGGGUGGAAUCUUGGAGAAGGGGAUGAAAUCUGGGAGAAGGGGAUGGAAUCUGGGAGAAGGGGAUGGAAUCUGGGAGAAGGGGAUGGAAUCUGGGAGAAGGGGAUGGAAUCAGGGAGAAGGGGAUGGAAUCUGGAAGAAGGGGAUGGAAUCUGGGAGAAGGGGGUGGAAUCUGGGAGAAGGGGAUGGAAUAUGGGAGAAGGGGAUAGAAUCUGGGAGAAGGGGAUGGAAUCUGGGAGAACAAAGAUGGAAUCUGGGAGAAGGGGAGAAGGGGAUGAAAUCUGGCAGAAGGGGAUGGAAUCUGGGAGAAGGGGAUGGAAUCUGGGAGAAGGGGAUGGAAUCUGGGAGAAGGGGAUGGAACCUGGGAGAAGGGGAUGGAAUCUGGGAGAAGGGGAUGAAAUCAGGGAGAAGGGGAUGGAAUCAGGGAGAAGGGGAUGGAAUCUGGGAGAAGGGGGUGGAAUCUGGGAGAAGGGGAUGGAAUCUGGGAGAAGGUGAUGGAAUCUGGGAGAAGGGAAUGGAAUCUGGGAGAAGGGGAUGGAAUCUGGGAGAAGGGAAUGGGAUCUGGGAGAAGGGGAUGGAAUCUGGGAGAGGGGGAUGGAAUAUGGGAGAAGGGGAUGGAAUCUCAGAGAAGGGAAUGGAAUCUGGGAGAAGGGGAUGGAAUCUGGCAGAAGGGGAUGGAAUCUGGCAGAAGGGGAUGGAAUCUGGGAGAAGGGGAUGGAAUCUGGGAGAAGGGGAUGGAAUCUGCGAGAAGGGGAUGGAAUCUAGGAGAAGGGGAUGGAAUCAGGGAGAAGGGGAUGGAAUCAGGGAGAAGGGGAUGGAAUCUGGCAGAAGGGGAUGGAAUCUGGGAGAAGGGGAUGGAAUCUGGGAGAAGGGGAUGGAAUCUGCGAGAAGGGGAUGGAAUCUGGGAGAAGGGGGUGGAAUCUGGGAGAAGGGGAUGAAAUCUGGUAGAAGGGGAUGGAAUCUGGGAGAAGGGGAUGGAAUAUGGGAGAAGGGGAUGGAAUCUGGGAGAAGGGGAUGGAAUCUGGGAGAAGGGGAUGGAAUCUUGGAGAAGGGGAUGGAAUCUGGGAGAAGGGGAUGGAAUCUGGGAGAAUGGGGUGGAAUCUGGGAGAAGGGGAUAGAAUCUGGGAGAAGGGGGUGGAAUCUGGGAGAAGGGGAUGGAAUCUGGGAGAAGGGGGUGGAAUCUGGGAGAAGGGGGUGGAAUCUGGGAGAAGGGGAUGGAAUCUGGGAGAAAGGGGUGGAAUCUGGGAGAAGGGGAUGGAAUCUAGGAGAAGGUGAUGGAAUCUGGGAGAAGGGAAUGGAAUCUGGGAGAAGGGGAUGGAAUCUGGGAGAAGGGGAUGGGAUCUGGGAGAAGGGGAUGGAAUCUGGGAGAAGGGGAUGGAAUCUGGGAGAAGGGGAUGGAAUCUGGGAGAAGGGGAUAGAAUCUGGGAGAAGGGGAUGGAAUCAGGGAGAAGGGGAUGGAAUCUGGGAAAAGGGGAUAGAAUCCGGGAGAAGGGGAUGGAAUCAGGGAGAAGGGGAUGGAAUCUGGGAGAAGGGGAUGGAAUCUGGGAGAAGGGGAUGGAAUCUGGGAGAAGGGGAUGGAAUCUAG